AUGUCUGAUACUCCAAAAAAUAAAUCUGUCCCUAUUACAGAUUAUAAGAAGAAAUCUAGAUUAAAAGAGAUCUAAGCUAAAAUGAAAUAGAAAAUGAUAUUAACUGGACCUUAAUAACAUUCUUAAAAUAAUACUCGUUUUAGUGUUUUAGAAACUAAAUUAGGUCUAAGAGCUUUAUCAAGAUCAGAUAGAUUCGAUGUUGUACUCAAAGAAUUUAAAGGACUUGAUACAUUUUUUACUAUCAAUGAACUAUUAUAAGAAUUAAAUACUGUUGGUGUUGAUGAUAGGAGAAAUGAAAUCUAAAGAGAUAAAAUUAAAAUAUUGUUAGAAUAAGAAAAAAUUAAAAGAUGGAAAACUUAAUUUCCUUAACAUUUAGAAUUUGAAUCAAAUACAAGGUUCAGUGUUAAAAGUGAAUUACUUUUAAAAGCAAGAAAUUAGCUGAAUUUAGAAAAAUAUGAACCAUAAUUAUUUGAAACUAUUCAAAAUCUAAAACCAUACCUUAAAGAUAAAUUCAAAGAUAUAGAUUUAAGAGAAAAUCCAUAACUUUAAUUAUUUAAAGACAUUACUGAUAUUAGAUAAAUAGAAAAAGAAUAAAAAAAAAGUAUAUUAGCUAGAUUAAAUACUAAUAUUGAAAGCAUGACUUAAAUAUAACCAUUAAAGGAAGCUAAAAGUCAAGAUUAUUAUGAUACUUUCUAAAGUGAAGCAGAUAAAUUAAGAAUUAGACUUCGAGAAUAAUAAAUGGAAUUUUUUAAUAAAAAAUGGGGUAAUUCUAUUGUCAAAAUGAAAGUGAAAGAUUAAUAAUUCAAAAGACAAGCUCAAAAUAAUUUUAAAAGAAUGCAAACAAUAUAAGUUUAAAAUUAUGAAAGAAAAAAAAAAGCAGCUAGAGAAACUAUAACUGAUCCAUUUAUGAAAGAAUUGAUUUCUGAUGUAUGUUAUGAAGAAGCUGAAAUGAUGGAAGAAAAAAAAGAAAUUUAAUAGAUUUUCCGUCAAAUGUAAUAAACUCAUGAUGGUUUUUAUAAAAAAUAUGAAGAUCCAGAAGUCAUAGGAUUGAGAAUGAUUACUAAAUGA